UUCUAUCAUCCAGAAACUCAAAAAGGCAGAGGGAUCAUCUGCAGAGUCCAUUGCUACACUUGCAAAAGUCGAUACUGUCAAGCGAAGAAUGGAAGCUGCCUAUGAGACAUUGCAGGAUGCAGCUGGUUUGGCUCAACUAAGCUCAACUGUGGAGGAUGUAUUCUCAAGUGGCGAUCUCCCACGUGCUGCAGAAACUUUGGCAAACAUGAGGCACUGCUUGUCUGCUGUUGGUGAGGUUGCAGAAUUUGCUAAUAUAAGGAAGCAACUUGAAGUCUUAGAAGAUAGGCUGGACUCGAUGGUGCAACCUCCCUUGAUAGAUGCCUUAAGCAAUAGGAAGGUUGAUGUUGCUCAAGAAAUGAGGGGAAUUCUCAAAAGAAUUGGGAGAUUCAAGUCAUUAGAAUUGCAAUACUCAAAGGUCCACCUCAAGCCUAUAAAACAUCUUUGGGAGGAUUUUGAAUUAACGCAACAGGCAAAUAAGGUUUCAAAUGAAAAGAAUGAGAUAGAAAGGAUGUCACGUGCUCAUAAUCUACAAUUGAAUUCGUCAACUACUUCCUUUUCACGCUGGCUUCCCAGUUUCUAUGAUGAAUUGCUGCUUUAUCUUGAACAGGAAUGGAAAUGGUGCAUGCUUGCUUUUCCCGAAGAAUAUAGAACUCUUGUUCCAAAUCUACUAAUUGAAACGAUGUCAACCAUUGGUGCAAGUUUUGUAUCAUCUAUCAAUCUAGCUGCUGGGGAGGCUGUCCCCGAGACUAGAUCAUUUGCCAAAGGUAUCGUAGACAUCUCAACUGGAGAUUUGUCGAAGGGUGUUAAGGUUCAGACAAAGCAUUUGAAUGCCCUAAUUGAGCUUCACAAUAUAACAGGGAGUUUUGCGAGGAAUAUCCAACACCUAUUCUCAGAAACAGACCUUCAAGUUAUGCUGGAUACUUUGAAGGCUGUAUAUCAUCCUUUUGAAUCAUUUAAACGACGGUACGGGCAAAUGGAGCGUUCCAUUCUCUCUGGUGAGAUUGCAGGACUUGACCUAAGAGGAGCUGCCAUAACUCUUGUAGGAGUCCAGGGAGUUGAACUUAGUGAAACAGUUCGGAGGAUGGAAGAGUCAAUCCCACAAGUGAUUCUACUUUUAGAAGCUGCCGUAGAGAGAUGCAUCAAUUUCACUGGCGGUUCUGAGGCGGAUGAACUCAUCCUUGCAUUGGAUGAUGUCAUGCUACAAUACAUUUCCACCAUGCAGGAGAAUUUGAAAUCUCUAAGAACAGUGUGUGGUUUGGAUUUUGAUGCUUCUUAUGGUUCAAGGAAAGAAAUCGGGUCAGAUAACAGGAGGGGGGAAGGAGCUUCCAACUCGCGUAAGGCUGACUUCACAUCAAAUGAGGAAGAGUGGUCAUUUGUCCAAGGCGCAUUGCAGAUUCUCACGGUUGCUGAGUGUUUGAGCAGCAGAUCGUCAGUCUUUGAAGCUUCCCUCAAGGCUACCCUGGCUAGAUUGAGUACUAAUUUGUCAUUUUCAGUAUUCGGUUCAAGUCUUGAUCAGAACCACUCACAUGAUGACGGGAGUGGGCAGGUGUCUGUAACAGGACGGGCUGCUUUGGACGUGGCAGCUGUGAGGCUUGUUGGUAUUCCUGAAAAAGGUCGGAAACUUCUUAAUCUAUUGGAGCAGUCUAAGGAUCCCCGGUUUCAUGCGCUUCCAGUUGCUUCUCAACGAGUUACAGCUUUUGCUGACGCUGUUAAUGAGCUUGUUUAUGAUGUGCUUGUAUCAAAAGUACGGCUGCACUUGAAUGAUAUAUCUCGGUUGCCUGUAUGGUCUUCUGUUGAAGAACAUAGUGCUCGUCCCCUCCCAACAUUCAGUGCAUAUCCCCAAUCUUAUGUUACUAACGUUGGUGAGUAUCUGCUUACGUUGCCCCAACAACUAGAGCCACUCGCAGAUGGAAUUUCCAACUCUGAUGCUACCAAUGCUGAUGAGGCUCAGUAUUUUGCCACGGAAUGGAUGUUUAAGGUUGCAGAAGGCGCUACUGGUCUAUAUGUGGAACAAUUGCGCGGCAUCCAAUAUAUCACGGAUCGUGGAGCCCAGCAGCUGUGUGUCGACAUUGAAUACCUAAGCAACGUGCUGUCAGCACUAUCGAUGCCCAUCCCACCUGUUCUUUCCACCUUUCAUUUGUGUCUCUCAACACCUAGAAAUCAGCUAAGGGAAUUUGUGAAAUCUGAUUCUGGAAAUCAGCUUGAUCUUCCUACUGCCAAUCUUGUGUGCAGAAUGCGGCAUGUUAGUUUGGAGUAAUGGUUUACAGGUCCGGUGUUCACAUCGGGGCAGUGUCCUUUCAGGUCCAGUUGUCUUGUGUGCGCUCAUUUUUGUGUGUACAGAUUGGUGUCAUCAUAUCCAUCUUUCCCCCCAUAUAUGUACUGCAUUUUAGUGUAAAAACUGCAGAGAAAUAAUCCAUUGUCUUCGGGAUUUGAAUUUUCCCUUUUUCAGUGAACCGUUCUUAUAAGUUGUUUGGUUUGGAGGAAAUAAUAUUUUAAAUCCCGGGAGAAUAGAAACAAAGCAGAAGAUCCAUUACUUGGUUGGUGAAGAUGAACUUACUGCGAAUGCAAAUUUUAAUGUUUGCUAAAGUAUGUAAUUCAUAGUGAUGAGUACAAAGACUAAAUCGCCAAAUUGUCCACUUUUACCACUUUAAGAUUAUUUAUUGUGUCAACUUUGGAAUUGUUAUGGAAAAUAAUAGACUUCCA